UAAACCUUGAGAAGAGUCUCCUUCAAUCUGCUGUUAGUAACUAACACACACACACUCACACACCGAGACUCAAUUACUGCCCAAUUCCCUUCUUUAUCAUUCGUCCCCGACCUCUCUUUCAUAACCAAAACCGACCAAGGAAAAAAAGAGGCAAGAAGAAGACCGAGCCGAAGUGUUAGUUGAACUAAACCGCACGUUGGAAAUAAGUAAAGUGUCGAAACUAAAAAAAGGUGUUACAGCAGUUAUGUCAAAGAGCUGAAGACAUCUCUAACAAUAUGGAGUCUGGAGAGCGGCUGGCCUCCCCUGCGCCCACCCUGUCUGCUGCUCGCACCUCCUCCCCUGCGGCCUCUUCCUCCUCCUCCUCCUCCUCCUCGUCAUCAUCCCCUGCUCCCCACUCUAAGAGCAGCCUGGCCCCGAGCCCCUCGCCACUGGGAUCCACCCUCACCACCUCUGGCCGUAUGUUCGGAGUAGGAGAGCAGCCAUUCCUUGGCUCCACAUUGUCAAGUGCCUUCCCUCUGGUCAACCACCCAGCCUUCGGGGCCCUCUACAGUGCCGGAGCCGGCCGGCCUGAGUUCGGGGGCCUGGGGUCCCUGGGCAUGUCAGCUGCUCUGGCUGCCCACCCCCAGCUCGGAGCCCUCUCUGAUUGGUGGCGAGCUGCUGAAGCGCAUGGACGGGGAGCCGCUGCCUUUCUCCCCUCUUUCAUCGGCUUCCCUCCUUUCUACAGCCCUCACAUUCAGCCCAACCACAUCGUCAGUCCUGUUCAGAUCAGGAUGCCCACCAAGAAUAGCCACGCUCCCCCUAAAGGGGUGAAUGGAGCAGUGAAUGGCAGCGGGGUCUGUCCUCCCACAACACAAUCAGGGAGCUUUUCUGCGAGUCCAGCUCCUGUCCAGGCAUCUUCCAAGCCAACCAAAAAUUCAAACCCGUCUAACAGUCACCGUAGCAGCCCUCAGAGCAAACCUGCAGAGUUGGUGGAAAAGCCCAUCCAAAAAACUAAAGAGAAGAAGCCGCGCAAGAAACCCACAGACACUGGCGUGGCAAGCAACAGCGAGUCAGGCUCAUCCUCAGACAGCUCGAGUGACGGGUCCCUCAGCAGUGACCUCGAAGAUCUGGCAGAGGAUGAUGAAGAUGACGAUGAUGACGAUGACGAUGACGAAGAAGAGGAAAAACAGAGUGAAUUAUCAGACACUGAGAAGCGGACAAAGAAGAAAACAAAGGUUUUGAUACCAAGCACUGGAAAGACUGAACGGCUCCUCUCUAGGGAGCCCCACCCACCAAACCUCGUGUCCUUACCCUGCUCUGCCUCCCCCCCGGCCCUCUCCCAAACAUCGCCGCUGGCCCUCCACAGGUCCCGCACUGAGGGGCCACAGCAGCACUUCAGUGUGAUCCAGUCCACUGGCCUGACUGCCAGCUCUAAGCCCCUGGCUCUCCUCUCUCAUCCCCGUAGGGAGUCUUCUCCAUCUUCCUCCCCCAUAGCCCUCACCACGUCUCCCAAACCUCCCAAACUGCUGCCCUCCUCCUCCCCCCAGCACCUGCCCCUCUCCCUCUGCUCCUCCCCUAAGCCUCUCUCCGUCCCCUCUCCACCCCGCUCCACACUUCCCCUUUCUACCUCCCCAAAAUCUUUUGGUUUUGGUUCGACCUCAUGCGUAACAGGCUCUCGGAAGUCCUCGCUGAAGCCACCUCGAAGAUCUGCUUCUGGCUCUGCGAAAUCCAGCAAACAAAGGAAACAGCUAGAGACCUCCCUCACGCACAUCAAUGAGUUCAGGCUUAAACAGACUCUCAUGUCCCAAGGGCAGACGUUCCCAGCUGAGCGUAAGAAGCAGCAGCAGGGGCCAAACAAGUCUCCCAAGAGGACAUCUCUGUCUUCAUCGCCAUUGCCACUCGCUCCGCCUCCUCAGAACAAUCACUCCAACCUCUUCCUCUCCAGCGCCCUGCUGGGGCUCCCUGAACCCCACCACCCCAAUGGAGUCAUCCAAAGCAUCACUCAGGACACACCUUUGGCCCUCAUCACCAAACCUCGCAAAGAAUCUGCCUCUCAAGGCAAGUCCCCUCAGUGCGACUCCGAUCCUGGGUCGAUGCCUGUCAAUCUUAGCACAGGGGCGAGCAGGACCCACGGAGGGGCCCAGGCCGGACCCCUGACACAGGCCUUCACUACCUCACCCCAUGCCACAGGCCAUGGAUCCAGAAAGAACAAAACCUCCAGGGGCAAGGGACAGACCCCAUUGCUGGGACAGGGACAGGGACUGGGGCCCCCAGACCCACUAGCUGCCUGGAAGGGCUUCUCUCAGAACCAUCUGGUGCAGUCUCUGGUAGAUUUGUUUCGUGGAGGAGAGCCCGGGAUCGGAAUCCCCGGAGUGAGUAUCCCUGGAGUGGGAAUUCCUGGAAUGGGGAUCCCUGGGACUUGUAACCCCACAGCUGGUCUCCCGGCUAACAAGGAAUCUGACGACUCGGUAGAUGAUGAUGAUGACGACGAGGAUGAUGACCUUGAAGAGGAGGAUGACGAAGACUCGGAUGAUAGUCUCUCAGAAUCUGACAGCAACUCAGACAGCGACAUCUCUGGCAAGAAAGUGAAGGAGUUGAAGUUUCCAUCUGGAUCAUCUAAGAAGGAGAUGAGCGCUCGCAGGCUAACCAAAGGCACAGAACUACUGAACACCUCAACCAAUCACACUGCCACCAGCUGCUCCCCGCUCAACCUCCAGGUCAUCAAGUCUCCCUCCAUUGUCACCGGCAGCUCCAGUGCCUUGGCCUAUCACAGCUCUCCAGGCUCUUCCUCAUACAGCUUGGCCCCACCUCUAGGAUUAGGGAAGAGGAAGAGGGUGAUGGAUGAGAAGGAGUUGAUGAUACCUCUGGAGUUGGGGUGGCGAAGAGAAACGAGAAUCAAAUCAGUGACUGGGCGGCCGCAUGGUGAGGUGGCCUACUACGCACCGUGCGGCAAGAAAAUAAGGCAGUACCCAGAUGUGAUGAAGUAUCUAUCCAGAAAUGGAAUAAGUGGCAUCACGCGCGAUAAUUUUAGCUUCAGUGCAAAGAUAAGGGUUGGUGACUUCUAUGAAGCCAGAGAAGGACCCCAGGGUUUACAGUGGAGCCGUCUGAAUGAGGAGGAAGUCAUUCCUCACAUUUUGGCGAUGGAAGGUCGUAGAAGUCGCCCUUCUACAGAGCGCCAGCCAAGGGGCGAAGGUGGCAAAGGGUCCCGACGGAGGAAGGGGCGGCCCCCUAAUGUGGGCGAUCCCCUGGUCCCCGAGGGCCCCAGUCCCAGUGAGGUCAAACUCCUGCGCAAACUAGAGGCUCAAGAAAUAGCGCGACAGGCUGCCCAGAUGAAAAUGAUGAGAAAAAUGGAAAAGCAGGCAAUGGCGCGUGCAGCCAAAGAAGCUCGGAAACAACAAGCUAUCAUGGCAGCAGAGGAGAGAAGGAAGCAGAAAGAGCAGAUCAAGAUCCUCAAGCAGCAGGAAAAGAUCAAGCGCAUUCAGCAAAUUCGGAUGGAGAAGGAAAUCAGAGCGCAGCACAUUUUGGAGGUACAAAAUAAAGGAAGGAAGAACGUGCCACUGCUAAAAGUAAUGGAAGCUGAAAACCGCGUAUAAGAGGAAAGAGUGAGGAGACAGCAGUCGAGAUCCUCAACCCAGGAGAGGGAGAGGAGGAGGCAACAUGUAAUGCUGAUGAAGGCUGUUGAGGCUCGCAAGAAAGCAGAGGAGCGUGAGCGCAUGCGGCAGGAGAAAAGGGAUGAGAAGCGCUUGAACAAAGAGCGUAAACUGGAGCAACGGAGGCUGGAGCUGGAGAUAGCGAGAGAACUGAAGAAGCCAAAUGAAGAUAUGUGUCUGUCCGAUCAUAAGCCUCUCCCUGAGUUCUCCCGGAUUCCUGGACUCAUCCUGCCAGGACGUGCCGUGUCGGACUGCCUGAUGCUGAUGCAGUUCCUGCGGGGCUUCGGGAAGGUUUUGGGGCUUGAUUUGAAUUCCGACGUGCCGACCCUGGGCAUGCUACAGGAAGGCUUGCUCAAUGUGGGGGACAGCAUGGGCCAGGUUCAAGACCUUCUGGUCAAACUGCUCUCUCUGGCGGUCUGUGACCCUGGUUUGCCCCCGGGACAAAGGACAAAAACCAUGCUGGGGGACCACCUGACCAACGUUGGCAUCAACAGGGAUAAUGUGUCUGAGGUGCUGCAGAUGUACAUGGGGGCCCAUUGUCCCAACACAGAGCUGGCCCCUCUGGCCCUCAGCCUGAAGACCAAGGCCUUCCAGGCCCACAAGCCUUCCCAGAAGGCCUCAAUCCUGGGUUUCCUGGGCAACGAGCUGGCCUGCAGCAGAGCCGUCAUCAGUGAGAUUGAAAAGAACCUGGACCAGAUGGCAAACAUGAGGAAGGACAAGAUCAUUAUGGAGGGAAAACUAAAGAAGUUGAGGACCAUUUAUGCCAAACGGACUGGGAGGAGGGAGGCCAGUAUGGGCGUGGAGGAGAACCAGUCUAUUGGCACGCCAUCCUCUGCCACCAAACGCAAGAGGAAACUGGCGGGAGACAGUGAGGAUGAGGAUGACGAGGAUGAUGACAGUGAUGACCAGGCAGAGGAGGAUGAGGAUGAGGAGGAGGAAGAAUUGAAGAAGGUGAAAAAAGUGGAGACCUAUGAUGAGGAUGAAGUUGAGCAAGCCACCAGUCUGGACGAGCUGGAGAAGCAGAUAGAGAAAUUAGCCAAGCAACAUCAUCAGACCAGGAGAAAGCUGUUUGAAAUAUCACAUUCUCUUCGCUCCAUGAUGUACGGCCAGGACCGCUAUCGCCGCCGGUACUGGGUACUUCCCCACUGUGGGGGGGUCUUCAUUGAAGCUAUGGAGAGUGGAGAAGCUCCAGAGGAAAUGGAGGAGGAACGACAGAGGAGGAGGAGGAGAGCAGCAGAGGAGGUCAAGGUCAAAGAGGAACCUCAGGAGAUGGAAUUGCAGAAGGAGAAACCCACAGACCUCGAUGGGCAGAGCACUCGGACGCAAGGCUUGGAGUCAGAGAAGGAGGAGCUCUUCUACCAGCAGCCAGGCUGUGUAACCAAACUGUGCACAUUCCGGGACGUCAACAAGGACGUUGGCGAGGAAGCUGUGACGGCAGACGAGAAAGAGAGUCCCCAUGUGGGGCAAAACGGCUCUCCUGUUGCUACAAGCACAGCAACACCAUCCUCCCCCACUCACAAUACCUCUGAGCAGACAGUAGCAACACCCCACUCCAUGGUGACCACUAAUGACACUACCAACAUCCCUCCCCCAGCCUCACUGUCUGCCCCACGUGAAUCCCCAGAAACCACUCCUCCUACCUCGUCCCCCGCUCCACCUCCAUACAUCUCAUUCCAACCCAACGACCAGCUCCUCAGAGUCCUGACGGAGAGGAGCGGACACUGGUUCAGUUUGCUCCCUCGCAACCCCUGUGACCUCACCUCCGUCACCACGCCCCCUCCAGGAGCCCCCCGUGUGUCUCCCCAGGCGUCCUCCACCCCGGCCGGGCCCAGUUCCCCACCUAAGUCCCCCGCCCUGCCUCUCACCCCUUCCGCCGCCAGCCCACACCACCCUGCUGGCCUCCUCAACUACCCGCUGUCUGCCCUGCAGGUGAAGUCCAGUGCUUCAUUGCUAGGAGUUUCUUUCGGAAGCUGGCCCUGUAGCAUGAUAAGUCCCAGCCUGCCUCUGUGCAGCAGCCCCAUUCCCAUGCUGGGUCACUCUCUGGAGGGCAACACCACAGCCAGUGUCUCCAGCAAGAGCGAAUCACCUUUACCGUGCGUUGAGAAAACCUCAUCCAUGCCCUCCCCUGCCCUGGAGAUGCCCAAAUCCCUGGACCACUUCACACCUCGGCCAAUUCCAGAGGAGCUGCUGACAGGGUGGUGGCGGGUGUCUGACAUCUACCAGCUGAGGGCUUUAGUCGCAGCUCUCCACAGCCGAGGCAUGAGGGAGAAGGGCCUCCUGAGGCAAAUGCAGAAAUACACAGAGAUCGUCCCCCAGGCCUGCACCAAACACAGAGACGUGGCCAUGAUCGAGCUGCAUGAGCUGGAGGAGAGCCAGGUGAGCGUGGAGUCUGUGCGAGGCUGGUGUGUGGAGGAGCAGGCCAUGGAGAUGGACAUCGCCGUGCUGCAGCAGGUGGAGGAGCUGGAGAGGAAGGUCACCUCCGCCAGCCUGCAGGUCAAGGGCUGGACAUUUCCGGAGCCUCAAUCUGAGCGGGAGGACCUGGUGUAUUACGAGCACAAGCCCCUCACCAAGUCCACGGCAGCGUCAGCGCACACGGGAGACAAGGACUCCAAAGACCAUCCAGAGGAGCGGGGGGAGAAGGGCAGGGUGAUUCGUCACCUGGACAACCCGUUGGACAUAGCAGUGACCCGUCUGGCUGAUCUGGAGCGCAACGUCGAGAGAAGUGGUGAGGAGGAGGUGGCCCAUGGCAUGAAGGUCUGGAGGAAGGCUCUGACUGAAGUGCGCAGCGCUGCACAGCUGGCCAUGUGCAUCCAGCAGCUGCAGAAGUCCAUAGCCUGGGAGAGGUCCAUUAUGAAAGUGUACUGCCAGAUUUGCAGGAAGGGGGAUAACGAGGAUCUGCUCCUGCUGUGUGACGGCUGUGACAAAGGCUGCCACACUUACUGUCACAAACCUAAAAUCACCACCAUCCCAGAGGGAGACUGGUACUGCCCGUCCUGCAUAUCUAAGGCAAGUGGUCCAGUUCCCAAAAACAAAAAAACUCCAAGCAAAGCAGUAACAUCCAGCGGGGGAGGAGGUAAGAAAGGUGGAGAGGGGAAGAAGAACGGGAAGCAGGCGGGUAGCGGGGAGGCACCGGAGGAGGAUCCGGCCAGUGCCAGCAACACGCCCAAGAAGGGAGCAAAAGACACCAGCAGGAAGAGGAAAACAGAGGAGAGCUCACCUGCUCUGCCAGCAGCCAAUCAGGAAAGCCCUGUGUUUGUGAAGAGAGCCAAGACAGCCAGAGACAACAACAGGGACCUGGGUCUGUGCAGGGUGCUCCUUGCUGAGUUGGAACGGCAUCAGGAUGCAUGGCCUUUCCUCACACCCGUCAGCCAGAAAUCAGUCCCUGGCUAUAGGAAGGUCAUCAAGAAGCCCAUGGACUUCUCCACCAUACGUGAGAAGCUUGUGAACAGCCAGUAUCAAAACUUGGAGACUUUCAUCAUUGAUGUCAACUUGGUCUACGAUAACUGCGAAAAAUUCAAUGAAGACAAUUCCGAAAUUGGUCGAGCUGGUCACAACAUGAGGAAGUUCUUUGAGAAGCGAUGGACUGAGCUUCUGAAACAAACAAACUAAACAUCUGUUCAGAUCCCCCCCCCCCUCAUAAACCCAUUAAACUCUUCAUUUCGGAGCAGCAGGUUUUACUUUAUUUUCUGAUGAAGAAUGUGGCUUUGCAGGAUGGAAGAACAAGUCAGAUUCUUAAUAAGGAACCAUGGUGUGCUUAAGAGGGAUGACACCUUGAAAAAACUAAAUGUCAUGUUAUGAGGUGUGCUUGAUUUUAUUACAACAGGGCCCCAAAGAGUCCCAGAGAAACGGGGUGUUGUAGUGCAAUACCAUUCCCUGUCUCAGAACACUGCACUGAAUUAAUCCUCAACUGUCACUGAUAUGUCGGCGCUAGAAUACUUUCCACUACUUGUACAUAGUCUUUUGUUAUUUAAUCGUAUUAUAGUGAAUGUAUUUAAUUUUGUAAUAAUUAUUUAUGAAUCAAGGUCCACUUCAUUUUCUAUGAAAAGGAAGAAUCAGCUGAACUGCUUCGAAUUGAAAAAAGGAAUGUGUCUUUGUGUUUUUAAUUUUUCUCCCAAAUAUCAAACAAAGCCAAGAAAAAAAAACCUGUUUACACUGUUCAGUGCUUUGGAGCAACAGAGGACUGCAUUCAUUUGUUCAGACUGUACAACUGCAUUUAUUCAAAGGAACAGCAGAGGAACAGUUAGACAAAGGUGAUUCAUGUGUAUAUACUGUUUAUUAAUGUCAAUAUUAUGUCUUGUUUGGAACGAUGUGUAAAAAUUGUUUAAGAAUAUUAAGAUAUUGUUUAUGCCUUAGAAUGAUUGUAGCAUUCUAUUUUAGUGAACGUGAUGAAAACAUUAUCAUAAAUAUUGUUUGUACAGUAUAUACAUAUCCUCUGCAAACACUGUGGUAUCCUUAAUCUUGGUAGUGCCUACCCUUCCAACAGGGGCAUGUAGGGGAUGUUAUUGUUUUAGUUUUCAUUCUUAUGACAACGUUAUUUUUUAUUUGAUUUCAAUCCAACAAGGCCUCCAGAGUUGGACAGCGAUACAGAAAUCAUUCCUCUCCAUAGCAGAAAAAAAGGAAACACAAGCAUUCAGUUAUGCUUCCAUGAUGCAUUUCCUCGUAAUCUGCCACAAUACAGAGGACCUACGGCCAUUUGUAACCACUGUGUUGAACCUUGCUGUGUGUUGUGGCCUGAUGGAGGCAGCUAGAUUUUUUUGUACGCAAGUCAAGAGUACUUGAAGUUACUUUAUUUAAAUAUUGUGGAAUAAAAGUAUCAUUCUUUUGUAGGAGCUUUAUUUUUCACUAGUGUGUGGCACGGACCUAUUAAAAGGAUGUUUUUCAACGUA